AUGCAAUGGCUCUCUAUAAUUGUUGUUGAUAAUGCAAUAGGAAAAGAUAUAAGUUUUUCAGGAAGUAUUUCAGAAGCGAGUUACGGAAAUCUAUUUGAAAGUGCCGGAUACCCUAAUAUUGGGGACAUACCACUAUUGAAUAGAAAAAUAUUCAAAGGAGUUCGAGUUUCUGUACAAGAACACCCUUACGUUGUAAGUGUCCGAAGAUUGCUCAGCCAUUACCUGACAGGAUCGCUUUUGACCAGGAAAUUGGUCAUUACUGUGGCACACCCUCUCUUCAAUGUUCCCAUAUAUGAACUAGGAGUAGUCGCUGGACAGACUUAUUCCGACCGAGGAACUACUUUAAGAAGCGUAAUCCUCGUCAUCUUGCACGAGGAGUUCGACCCGUACACACUGAAUGCUGACGUGGCUCUUCUAAGACUAUACGAAGAAUUCGUUUUUAGAAUAUCCGUAAAGCCAAUUGCUUUAAUCGCCCCGUCGUCAAAUCUAAACGAUGAAAGGGCUUUCGUUACUGGCUGGGGAAGGUGCGAUCUCACGGGGAAAGAAUUAUGCUUGCCGCGCUCCACAAAGUUUUUUCCGGACGAGAAAAUUGAUCCAAUGAUGAGAACAAUCUCGUUCGUUAUAACGUCACCUAAUUAUUACUGCGAGGGAUACGAACGUCAUGAAACACGUCUGAAACCGGGCAUGAUGUGCCUGGGAAUAGCCCGUGAGGAGAACGCUGUGACCCCAUGUCUGGCCGUGCCGGGUGCUCCGCUUGUCAUCGACGGUCACCUCGCUGGUUUACAGUCAUGGGGUUUCGGCUGCGGCUACCAAAACGAUCUGCCUUUAAUCUACACAGAUAUGCGCCAUUUCCAACCAUGGAUUCUACACAAUGUGCCAAUUCUACGAAAUCUAACUCAAUACAAUUUGACAGAAAUGUUUCAAGCUACAAGAGCUUACAGCCUUUCAAAGUGGCUCACUUUAACAAGAGAAAACUUCGAACCGUUGACUCUUACGUUUGCCGACAAACCGAUACUACAAUCAGAUUUGGACAAGGAGCUGGCAAAGCUAAAAGGAACGGUUUUUGACAUUAGAGAUUUUAUAUAUUCCGGUGAAUUUCAUUUAUUAAAAAGUGAAAUUUUUGAAAAUAUAAGAAACAGCUCCAACCAUGAAAUUAGAAAUAUCAGUAGCGUCUUUAUGUCUAUCACAACUAAACCCUUUUUAAAUAAAGACAAAUUCAAUGAUGAAGAUGAUUCUUCAGAUUUUGAAGAUAUUAAAAAUUCUACAACAAAAUUAAAUACCAAUGAGUCUGAUACAGAUGAAUCACAGUACAACAAUGUCAAGUUACAGGAGUUUUAUAUUUAA